AAUCCAUCGACAAAAAUUUACACAAUUAUCCAAUAGCAAUGAAGCCAAUUCCAAUAUUCGCAAUUAUCCUACUAUUUUCGGCCGGAUGUUCAAAAGCGUCAACUUUAGAAGACCUGCUCCGAAACGGGACACGUUUAGAAUGGACCUAUCUCCGCAACGAGGUCCGUUACUACAUGACCCCAGACAUCACGGCCGACGUGGUCGAUUCCGAACGACAAAGAUUCAACGUUUCGUACACGAUUUCGCCACGAAUGCCGAUAGACGAGGACGUUCCACUUCCGCCGAGUGUCGACUAUUUACGAUUACAAAAACCAAUACAGAUGGACCUACCACGACAGACAGUGCCACCAACAACUACCCCGUACCCGUCCUCGCCCACAACCACGCCCCAACCGACAUCCUCCACCCCGCCCCCCACCACAACCCUUCCUCCCCCACUCCCCGACCAAAUGAGAACUCAGUUCCAAACGGGACCUUCCCGCUUUGUCGCGGUCCAGGGCGAAACCUUGGUAACGGCCUCGUCUCCCGCGCAAUAUCUCUUUCUCCACCCGGUCGCCGGUUCCGACAACGAGUUUCACCUUUACUACAAUAACACUCCCUUCGUCACGCCGAGAACCCGGGCACCGUUCGAUUUCUUCCUAAGGCAACGAUUUCCUGACGAACCGCCCGCCAUUUUUUCGCUGCAGCCGUACCAGUUCCAUUUGAAUUCUUCGUAUCGGGGUAACCGAUCCCACAUUUUGCCCACGCUGAUUAAGAUUUCCGAGCUCAGGACGGAAUCGGAGCGGAUUUCUGCAUAUGAAGAACUCCUCGUCCGCAUGGACAACUUCGCCCAUCUGACCGGAGACUCGGAAAUUUUCUCGCUCGGGCAACACAUCGUGCUCAACGUGGCAUCCUACCUGGACACGUACAUCUUCGCCUCACUUCCCGACCAGGUUCGUCACAUCGCACAAAGCAACGAUGAAUCGUACCGCCUUCAAAUUACCUACAUUGACGAGGACGGCAGCCUAAUUCCGCUCAAUGAACAUCUCGGCCUCAUCCAGCCCGCCACAUCGUAUCCCUUCUACGUCCGACCCACCUUCCCAAACUCGGUCCAGUCCGGAACCGGGUUCUACUGGGGGAUCAACGGAGCCGAACUUGUCUCAGUGUCGACCCCUUCGCAACUUUUCGAAUUCUAAUUUCCGAUGGAUUCCAUUGAUUAAUUCUAUAUCCGCGUGAACUCCAAUUAUCUCUGCCCCUUUUCCAGAAAUAGCACUAUUCAAACGUUCCGUGUGUGCCCCGAGGGUAAUCCAGUGUCCCGCUUUGUCGCGUCCACUCUCCAAUUUAACGUUUCUAGAGUGUAUACCGGCCUGAGGAGUCAAAUUCCCGACGCGGCAAACUUCAUUUCGAAAUACUCGUCAGGAGAAGAAGCAGCCGAGCGGUUUACCGAACUGGUCGAUUUAAUGCGGGGUUACGGACAUUUCCCGGGUUUCGAGGUAUUCACCGUGGCCGCGUACAUGAUUAAUACCCUUCCCACAAAUCAUGUCGCGUUUUAUCUCCUUCCGGACGCUGCCCGCUUAAUUUUCGGGGGAAAUUUGUCCCUCACCUUUGAACAUGAGGGCGGAGCCGGGUUUCCAAUGAAGUACUCGUGGGCGUUCGAUUUGCACGAGGGGAUCGCGCCCUACACUUUCGCGCCCGCUCUGCCCGCGGCAAAUGAGCGCGUGGGAAAUGUUUUGGUGGGAAUUGUCUAUGGCGUUGUUAGCGGGUCGCGGCAAAGGAUCUUUGUUGAUCCUGCUACCAAACAGUUAACGCAGGAAAUUUUGGUUGGAAAUGUUACCCUGGAAUUUGCCCUCGAGUUGGGACAGGAUAUGGAAAGUGUGACGAUUCUGUGGGAAAAUAGGGAUUGGCUGGGAACCUGGGAUGUAGAACCGGAUUUCUACUUUGAAGCGAAUAAUGAUAUCGGACAGCCCGCCAGGUUUAAAAUUAAUGAAUACUGAUUCGUUUAAAACAUUUUUAUGGUUCUGGAAUAAAGUUAGUAUAAUUUAA